UUAGAAAUUAGCCGCUGCCUUCUACUGGGUUUUAUUGUUUAGUAUUUUUUUAAUCGUUUCUUGUUGGUGAUAGCUUUUGAUUCCUUUAUGGUGAUAACGCACGACAUUUCGCGUCCUGUGAUGAUUAAUCAGUUGCCGGUACCGUUUUGUGUCGGCUGUGUUUGUCGUUGUGUUGCAGCCGCAGCGCGUUAAUUGUGUGAAGUGUUGUGUUGUGUUCCGGCUGAUUGUCAGCGCGUCAGCUUUCCGCCAGCGCUGACACUGGCGUAUUCGCUUGUUUUCUUUGCCGGCCAUUUGCAAGCUAGCCAUGCAUAGCGACGGCCACGAUCGGGCUGUUGUUGUGCGGUACGUGUGAAUUUCUCCGCAAUUGCAAGGCCAAGUGCGUUACUGUGCUUAUUCAUUUCAUAUGCAUUUCUAUGCCAAUGCCAACCGGAAAUUGGUGUUAAUGUGGCUGCCGUAUAAUACGCGAUGUGCUGUAUCUAGCGUACGUGCGGCUGCGGCAAUCACAUAUUCUGCUGCUCGGCGCGUCUUUUCUCAAUUAGUUCCUGGCUAUUUAUGCCGUUUUUACGCGCUACAUGCUAGUAAUAUUAUGCGCCGACUGGCGGCUUCCGUGCUGAUACAUGCAUUAUAAUAAUCAGCGUGAUUCAUGCGCCAACGAUAUAAUAUUAUGAUCAUUGAUCAUGCGCUGCGUGGAGUGAUGGAAAGAAGUUGAUACAGUUACAGUUGCGCUUCCCUCGCGUACUUUGCUAAGAUCCUUCUGAUUAUUCAUGUAUUUUGAUCCUUGUGCGUCCUGACUGCAGCGCACGCGUUCUGCCGGUCCAGUUGCAACCAGUGCGUCGGUGAUGGGCUAAAUAUAGCCGAACUGAUCUUAUCGCCUGUAUAUAUCCCUCAUUCUGCGCUUGUGCUGGAGUUUGUGGAUACAUAUAUGCGCCAAGAAAAUCUUGUAGUACAUGCAGCGCAUAUAUACAGCGCGUUGAAAAUGUGCAGAUUUGACCCUGAACGGCAUCAGCAUCACAUGCCCUGAUUAUUCUAUCAUUUUGUUGUUUUUCUCAAGGGACAGCAUGUUGCGAUUGUUGACAGUGUUAAUGUUGUUGUUGGCGGGAUGGUCGGCGGGUCAGUCGCCGCCGCCAUCGCCGCCGUCGCCCAGCAACGACGUGGAUCGGCUGCGGCAGGCCAGCGACCGUUUCGCGCUGUCGCUGUACCAGGCGCUGGCCGGCGCCCGCGACGCCAACGCCAACCUGUUCUUCUCGCCGCUCAGUAUUAACGCCGCCCUCCUCAUGACCUACCUGGGCGCCGUCAACGCCACCCGCGACGAGCUGGGCCGGGCGCUGGGCGUCAGCGAUGUGCUGGGCACCCGCGCCGACCACCUGAACCGCGCCUACUCCGCCGUGGUGGACAUCUUCAAGGCGGAGCCGGCGCGCACCUACCAGCUGCGCCUGGCCAACCGCAUCUGCUUGCGGCAGGACGUGCAGCUGCGCCCCGACUACCAGGCCAGUCUCCGGCAGUUCUACGACACGGAGGUGGCGCGCUACGACUUCGCCGGGGCGGCGGAGCCGGCGCGGCUGGAGAUGAACGCCUGGGUGGCCAACGCCACGGGCGGCCGCAUCCGCAACCUGCUGGCGCCGGGCAUGGUCAGCGCGCAGACGCUGAUGCUGCUGCUCAACGCCAUCUACUUCAAAGCCGACUGGCAGUACCAGUUCGACAAGGCCGCCACGGCCGACCACCGCUUCUGGCUGUCGCCGGCCAAACAGCUGGACGCCAAGAUGAUGUCGGCGCGCCGGCGGAUGUUCUACGCCGAGACGGAGCAGCUGCAGGCCGUGGAGAUCCCCUACCGCAGCGAGGAGCUGAGCAUGCUGCUGCUGCUGCCGCGGGCGGUCGACGGGCUGGCCGCCCUGGAGCGGGGGUUGAGUGUGCGGACGUGGCAGGCGCUGCAGGACCAGAUGGACAUGCGGCUGGUGGCGCUGACGCUGCCCAAGUUCAAGCUGGAGACGGCCUACGACCUGGUGCAGCCGCUGCGCAGUCUGGGGAUUAAUCGGUUGUUCGGGCCGGCGGAGCUGGACGGGAUGGCGGAGAACGCCGCCGGGCUGGGCGUCAGCGAUGUCGUCCAUAAAGCGUUUGUCGAGGUGAACGAGGAGGGCACGGAAGCGGCGGCGGCCACGGGCGUGGUCUUCUCGCGGUCGGCGGUGCUGCCCAAGCAGGACGAGACGAAGGAGUUGCGCGCCGACCACCCCUUCCUCUUCGCCAUCCGCCACAACCCCACCAACCUCGUCCUCUUCCUCGGCCGCAUCAACGACCCCACGCUCUCCUCCUGAAGGGCUGGCUUUUAUGCCGCGACGGUCGCUCUUGUCUCUUUUUCUAUGUUGUGCGCCUGUCAGUGUCGACACGUUGAAUGUGUUGGGACGGGCGUAAUGGAAAUUCAUGCCAGCAAAAAAUAACUAUUUGAA